UUGGGUCUCUCCCUCUUUUCUCCCCUGCCCUGGUUUUUGUUCCUCCGGAAGCACUCUUCAUCCUAAAGCCUUAUUCUUCAUCUCAGUCCAGUGAACCUCAAGCCUCAGGCCAUUUCGCAUUGGUUAUACGAAGAUAUUUUUUCCCCUAAUUCUAUCCUCCUCUCAACCCAGGAAGGAGUAUGCAGGUGGGAUGUGCCGACAUGCUGGCAACCAGGCAAACUCAGGCAUCCCGUAACCUUCUCUUGAUAGCAUCCUGCCUCGGGGCCUUUACACUGACUGUUUCCUCUGCCUAGAAUGCUCUUCCCCCCAGAUGCCACAUGACUGGCUCCUGUUCACUCAGGUCUUUGCUCAAACGUCACCUCCUCUGAGAGGGCUUCCAUGACUGCCUUAUCAGGAGUCAUUCUUCCCCAUUCCACCCUGCCCCCAUUGCCCCAUUUUACUCCCUUUAUGUAACUUUUUACCAUUGGAGUGGAAGCUCCAUGAGGGCAGGUUUUUGUUUUCUGUCAGCAGUGCCUGGCACACCCUAGGGCCUAGCACAUCUGAUGAGGCCCCCGGCAACUUUACUUUCAAAGCACCAGCUGGUUCCUUUCUCUAAUCCUCAGAGAAUCUAUUUUUUCACUCCUUAUUUGUAUGCUGCCCUUGUUGGCCCGAGAUGUUUGAGGCACUUUGCUUUUUUAUCAGAACAGGGAGCCCUGUGCCUUUCUCUGCUCAGCCCAAGUGCCUGGCCUGGGACUAUGGCAGCCGUUUCCUGCCUCCUGACUCAGGGAAUCCCCACCCCAGGAACCACUGCGGGGCACAGCCCCUUUCAGCCCGGAAAACUCAGCAUCUGUCCUCCGCCCUGCCUCCUGUGCCUCCUGGCGUCGCACAGCGACCCCUCAGUGUGGUAACAAUGGCCCAGUUUUCUCCUCUGGACGAAUAAGGGGGGUGCUGUUUGAACAAGGGGAAGGCAGGCUAGGGCCUGUCUAUGCUCAAGAAUAAACCGAAUGAUUUCAUGGCACCAAUGGUCCCUCCUCCUCUCUUCCUACUGUGGGGGCUGGAGAGGCGGCUGCUGUGUUGCUCCUGGGUCCAGGUGGGCCCCACAGGGUGGGAGCUUGUGCCAAGUGCUCCAUAUAUACAGCUCUGUCUCUUAGGCCACCUAUGCACACACCAUUGCCCCAUUUUAUAGCCGUGCAAAGUGAGGCUCAGAGAGGUCAAGUGAAAGGGCCUCUGGGUUUGGAGGGCCCUCUCCACUUUCAGUUUUUUAAGUAAAGUUAAUUAAAAAACCAUUUAUUUGGCUGUGUCAGGUCUUAGUUGUGGCACAUGGGUUCUCUGUGGUGACACAGAAGCUUAGUUGCCCCAUAGCAUUGGGAUCUUAGUUCCCCGACUAGGGACUGAACCUGUGUCCCUUGCACUGGAAGGCCGAUUCUUAACCACUGGACCAACCAGGGAAGUCCCCCCCAUUUUUUAUUGUUGAGAUUCUGAUUCUCUCAAAGAUGUGGAGAUGCCCAAGCAGAGCUACAAUAAUUGUGAUUACAUUUUACAUUUCUUUAUAGAAAAAAUCCCUGACGUUUGUAAGCCUCAUGAAGGCACACAAUGGAGCUAUUUCUUUGUGCCUACGCAGAGAAUGUUGGACUGCAGUGAGUCACGAGAACUUCUGCAGCAGAAUGUCACUGCAGUUUCUCAUAACAAUCAAUGGUGUUGCAUCUGCUGUGGCGUGAAUCACAGUGACAGGUUGCUUGUGAUCCAUGGCUUGGCUUUGGUCGGGAGCAGCAACUUCUGACAAUACCAUUGUGCUGUGUGCAACUCCCAAGCUUUGAAAAGCCUCUGAUGAUCUCUGGGUCUCUGUGGGUGGGCAGGGGUUCCCCAAACAGGGGCAUUUUAAGUCCUGGGAAAUCCAUUAUCAUCUUCGAUCCCAGCCUGCUGAUGUGAGGCUCAGUUGGCCAGAUGUCCAGUCUGAUGGCAGGCCUUCUCUGCCGGUGGUCUUGGUUCCUCUUGGAUUAUGGAAGUCAGGGAGGCAGGGGUCCUUCUCUGGCCAGAUAAGCGGCUUGUCAUGAGCAAGCCCACCAAGUGAUGUCUGAGAACCAAAGACUAACCCCCAAAAGACCCAUGUUGACAAAAAUACUAUGACUGGCCAUAAUUAACUACUGAGAAUUGCUUCAUCCAACUCAACAUUGAUGUUUACAGCACUGGCUGCAUCUCGGCUCAGCCAGCACUGGUCUGAGCAGCUCCUGUUGGACGUAGGCCUGGGCCAUCUCGAGUCUUUAAACUUGAAUUCCUCAGCAGCUUCAGCUGCAGCCCUGUGGAAAGGGGCUGGAGGCUGGUGAAGCCCAAAGAGGGGAGCGGUCACAUAGGAAUUGGGCCGAGCCUCCCCUCAUCUGGGGACUGGUCCCUGCAGGGCUGUGACCCCCCCUUCCUCCUCGUGGUUCUGAAGCGCCACCCCCCACUCCCUCCACCCUCCUCCUAACCCGGGUCUGGCUCUCUCCCCGAGCUGGGAGAAGGCAGGCGGGACGGUGGUUGGGCAGUGGUGACAGCAAUGCUGGCCUGUCCUCCUCAGCCUCUCAUAUGCCCCCGCAGGGCUGUGCUUGUGGCCACAAGGCCCUGGCACAGAGAGAGUUACAGCUGGGGCCCCUCCCGGUCUACAGGGCCCUGUCCCCUAGCAACAGCCCUGCCCGGCAGGACGCACUGCCAGUGCUGGGCAGAGCAGGCAGGAGGCAGGCAGAGUGGCCACCCGGACUCCAGGACAGAUCAAGGCAGCCAGUCCGUAGCCUGGUGGCUGAGUCGGAGCCCCCCCAGAACUCUCGCCCAUCCAGCCACCUAGAGAGCCCGGAGCCAGCAUGGAUGCUGUGGACACCACCAUGGAGAAGCUCCGAGCCCAGUGCCUGUCGCGAGGGGCCUCGGGCAUCCAGGGUGUGGCCAGAUUUUUCCGCCACCUGGACCAGGAUGGAAGCCACUCCCUGGAUGUGGGGGAGCUCCAGCGGGGCCUGGCUGAGCUGGGGCUGGUGCUGGACGCAGCUGAGGCGGAGGGCGUGUGCAGGCGCUGGGACCGUGACGGCAGCGGGACGUUGGACCUGGAGGAGUUCCUGCGAGCGCUGCGGCCCCCCAUGUCCCAGGCCCGGGAGGCAGUCAUCGCAGCGGCGUUUGCCAAGCUAGACCGCAGUGGUGACGGCGUGGUGACCGUGGACGAUCUCCGGGGGGUAUACAGUGGCCGCGCUCACCCAAAGGUGCGGAGCGGGGAGUGGACUGAAGAGCAGGUGCUCCGCCGUUUCCUGGACAACUUUGACUCCUCCGAGAAGGACGGGCAGGUCACGCUGGCCGAGUUCCAGGACUACUACAGUGGUGUGAGCGCCUCCGUGGAUACGGAUGAGGAGUUUGUGGCCAUGAUGACCAGCGCCUGGCGGCUGUGAGCUGCGCGCCCCCAUGCAGCCGGCACCCUGGAGCCAAGGCCCCUCUCAUCUGGGCUUGGAGCUGGGGUGGGGGUGGGGAGGAGUGUGGGGGGACUGAAGCCACAGAACCGGCUGGACCAGGCCUCCGGCUGUACUGCUUAGCCACCAGUUCCCCUGAUGACUCACUGGCUCAGGACCCCGGGGGGAAAGGCCCCUUGCCCACAUCGUGCUGAUCCCAAAGCUCCUCGCAUCCCUGCUCAGCGAACCCUGCCUGCCAGCACCCCUAACCCUUCCUGUGGGUCCCCAGGAAGCCAGGCCGCACCUGGCGGGGAGGCCGACAGCUCUUGUGUGAAGCCGGCCGCUCCGAGUCUUGGAAGGCAGCCAUGGGUCACCUGCCCAGGUGUGCAGUGUGGGGCAGAGGCUGCCACCCUGCAGGCAGGCCAGGCUGCUUCCUGGUCAGGUCAUCCGGCUUCCUGAGGCCCCUGGGGCACGCAGGAGGCCAGCGUUUUAGUUAAAAGUUUUAAUGUAGUUCCCAAAUACAUUUCAUAUGACAAUCUUACAUAAAUGUUUCAAAACA